AUGCGUGGAAACGUCGCUCACUUCAGGUCUACAGUCUGCGUCAGCCAGGAUCCAUCUACCAAACGCCGCCAUCCUCGUGGCUACAUUGAAUUCCUGGAGCAGCACAACACCUCGCUCGAGAACCAUGUCGCCUUCCUCGAACAUACCAUCCGCGAGUGCAAUCCCGACCUAGAUCUCGACAAUCUGCCGCGCAACCGCAACCGCAACAGUGACAGCAACAGUAACAGCAGCCUUCGACAUGAAGACGACACUCUCAUUGCCACAUCAACAGAUGAGGCCGUGGAUCCAACCCUAAGGCGCCCGCUGUCCAGUCCCCAGGAGGCGCCUCCAUCUCUGGACAAAGACGGGGUUGCAGGUGUAGCAGCAGAACCAGACUCCUUAGCCCCCAACAGUGGCCCCGUGAUCGACGACAUGUCCAGCUUGGAACUGUUAUGUCUGCGAUCCGCCGGGGCCGAUCCUCAUUACUUCGGGGCGUCGUCGGCCUAUUCAUUCACCAAGAUGUUCUCCGCCAGCCUGCGGGCAGUGCGCAAGCAGGCGCCCGGCUUGACCAUGUCGGGGAUCCGAGACCAAAGCUUUGAAAGCCGGCCUUGUGCCACGCCCGCGCCGCUGCCCAACCGAGCGCUGGUGAGUAUGCUGACAAGCGCGUACUUCGACCAGGUGCAUCCGCAGUUCCCCUUCCUCCAUCGCCCAUCGUAUCUUCAGUGGGAGGAAGAGGUGAUGGCGGCCUCGGAGGCUGGCAUGACUCCGAAUCCUGUCUACGCUUUUUUUGUUUACGCGCUAUGUGCGGUAGGGGCCUUGACUGGACCCCUGGCGGGCGCGACUCUCCCCGAGGGCUUAUAUGCAGCUGCCGAGGGCUUGUUUGAGAAUGUGAUGCAGCAGAACUCCCUCGAAUCUAUCCAGGCCAUCCUGUGCUGUGCCAUGUACUCGAUCCGCUCUCCUAUCGGGGUGUCCGUUUGGAUGCUCUCCGGUCUGGCUCUUCGGCAAUGUCUCGAGCUCGGCCUCCACCGCAAGAUCCGCUGGUCCAAGAUGAAGUCGAAUUCGUUGAAAGUGGAACUGCGCAAGCGAGUGUUCUGGUGUUCUUACAACCUUGACCGCGCCGUGGCAAUCACGCUGGGACGGCCGGUGGGCAUUGCGGAUCACGAUAUUGAUGUGGAGCUCCCCUUAGACAUUGACGACGAAUACAUCACCAUGAACGGAGUGACGAAGCCGCCGCGAACGUCCAAGAUGGAACCGGUGACGACCAUCUCGACGGCCAUCCACACGAUCCGGCUACGGCAGAUCUGGGCGCGGAUCCAAAGCUCCGUCUAUCCCCAAGUCGGGGCGGAGGCGACGAUCCAAUCGUCGGCCCUCUUUGAACGGUUCAAGCGCGAGCUCGCCGACUGGCUGGAGUCGGCGCCUGAACAACUGCCGUCGAAUCGGGCGAACAACAACUCGUUCGGGUCGAAAGAGUGGUUUUCGCUCAUGUACCACCAUUCCAUCCUUCUCCUCCACCGGCAUCGGCUGCAUCAAUACCGGCACCACCACCCCAACCACCCCACCCCGUCGUCCGUCUACAUGGACUGCGCGCACUCAGCCCAGGCCAUCUGCAUGGUCUACCGACAGCUGUACGUCAGCCAGCGGCUCAACGACACCUGGGGCGCGCUGCAUGUGCUGUUCCUGGGCGGCGUCACCUUUCUGCACUGCCUGUGGUCCAGCCGCGACGCCAGGCUGGCCUACCGGCAAGACAAGGUGUCGACCAUCUGCACCUCGGCCCUGAUCGUGUUGGCCAUCAUGGCCGAGCGCUGGUCCGCCGUCGAGGCCUACCGGGACGCCUUUGAGAUGUUGUGCAGUGCCACCCAGACCAUGUUGGCCGAGACCUCGUCCUCCUCCGCCUCCUGUCCGCCCACCAUGCCGGUCAUCUCGUCCACGGGCCAUGGCCACGACCAAUUCACUGAUUAUCUGUCGUACAUGACUGAAGUGGGCAUGUGUUCGUCGGUGGAGGAAUUGUUGUCGAAUAUGGUGGAAUGA